AUGAUCAAGGACGGAUCUAGCGUUGCAGACAGCAACACGGUCGUCAACGGCCCCCACUCAGCGCUUGGCGCUAAGGACUAUCUUUCACACGAGCAUGACUUUAGCAUAAAGGAGUUGAAUGACACCCGUGGCAGCCAUACGAGCAAGGCAAAGAUCCCUAACAACUUCCUCACUUUGCCGGAACACACGCUAGGCGACAGGCCGUUCUUUGUGUUCAUCGGGAAGGAUGGCCUCAUAGCGGCGCUGCAGAAGCUGGACUUACAACUCAAGAAUGUACGUCGUAGCUAUCGACUGACUGUGCUUCAGCGUCCGACAGAUUGGAUAGGGAAAGAGGUCACGCCCGGGCGGAUUGGACUCAUCAAUCACGGUGGCCUGCCCAAAGUCUUGACCCGUCCCGGCAGAUACCCGGGGUUCCCGCUACGCAACUGGUGGGCUCGCUCUUUCAGCGGCACCAAAGGGCUUUCAGACACAGUGAUUGAGUUCCGCGGGUUGACUGUGGUACAAGUGUCCCAGAACCAGGCCGCAGUAGUGUCAGAUCCACAGAACCAGAUCUUUGUCAUCAAGAACACUGGUUUUGUGUCGUAUGCGAUUGAGGGUGCUUACAGGGUGCUCUCGGUUGUGGACCAGACACAUCUUCCGAGUCCAGUUGUGGACAAGGUCACCAAAGUCACUCUUGGAUGGCUGCACGAGGUUACCAUGAAGAGCAGCACGAGGGACGGGGUCGAGAAGGAUUACGUCGUAGCGCUUUUUCUUAACAUCCCCGCCAACAACUGUGCGAUCCUGCAAAAAGGUGACGACCUUGAGCUCCUCCCUGCCGGACAACACUAUAUCACCAAUCCAAAUGUGACCUUGCGCGGGAUGUUCACUCUCGGUGAGAAUCAGAUCGAGAUGCCCACGAAGGACAUCUUCACAAGAGACCAAGUACCCGUCAGCUUGACGAUUUACCUCAAAUGGCAACUUACGGAACCGCUGAAGCUCACAACGCAUGGCUAUAACACUCCUUACGACGCUCUAAGAGACAAGACGCAAUCAAUCCUUACUCAAAUCGUCGCGCAUCUCGACUAUAGUGCCAUGGUCAAACAGCGCUCACUGGGCCCGGACAACUUGGAUGACGGAACCGACGCCAGCUCGGCAUUCCUCGAUGCGCUGCGAACACGCGCCAUGGACGACUUACACAUCGCCGCACUUGAAUAUGGUAUCGUCAUGAAGGAUCUCGCUGUCAUCGAUAGGCAAUUCAAGGGCGAGAUCGCCACCGCGAUGCAGAAACUGACUACUCGAGCUCUGGAAGCGCAAGUGGAAGCCGCCAAUGUUGACAGAGAGAACAGCAACAAGAUCAAGCAGGAAGAGGGCGCUUUUGCCGUGGCACGGAUCAAGGCGAAAGCUCGGAACACCACUGCAGAUGCAGAGGCAUAUGGCGUGGUCGCCGCGGCCAAGGCACAGGCGCAAAGGCUCCAAAUCGAGGCGGAGGCGCAAGCGCAAGCGACGCGAAUGGCGGCUGAGGCGGAUGCGGAGGCGAUUCGCAUCCGAGCAGUGGCUGACGCAGACGUGCGUGAUCAGUUCGCGCGGGAGAUGGAAAUGCGCCGGGUGGAGGUGACGCGGAUCAAGGCGUUUGGCUCGAAGACGGUGUUCGUGCCGACCGACGGGAUGGGAGCACAGAUGGGGAGCGCGCUGGCCACUGGUAUGGCCGUCGGGAUGGGUGCUGAUGCUCGGAAGGAUGCAGUAUAG